GGAGAACGCCUUCUUUCAACUUUGUCUGUGGCUUGCACCCCCGGAGAAGGCCACAGGCCGGUUGUGGGGUGCAGAUGUGCCGAGAGUGAUUUCUAAGUAGUUGAGUUGUUGUGAUGAGGGUACGACUGCUAAUGGUCGGCAGGUUUUGUUUUCAUUGGUGAAUCUGGUGUCAUCAUAUUCCGGUCAUAUGUUGAAAUAUUCUUUGUUUAGGUCUGGAAGUAGAGGAUCUCACUCUGCACGUCCACAUUGUGUUGUUUUUAAAAUGAUGUCUCUGGGAGUAUGGAUUUCUAGAAUUUCAAAUCUGAGUGAAGGUCCGGGCGUGUGUGGGCCUCAUCGCCUGGCCUUGACAGUGAACUUUGUGGCUGUGUUUCGGAUUUCAAAGAUUUGCCCCAUAGCUGGGGAAGGAGUUGUGCAUUUUUGCUGAUAGUCGGUGUCAGGAAUGUAGAUGCUCGAGCUGGGGAAGUUAGAGAGGGAAGAACAUUUAUAUAUAAAUAAUGGAUAGUUGAAUAUUAGAAUUAGAUUAAUUUGGGCUGAUGAAAGUUUUUGUUUUUGUUUUUGUUUUUUUAAGCAGUUGUGCACUCUGGGAAGGAAGUCUUUUCCCAGGUUCAUUUGAUAGGGAUUCUUUAAGGCGAGGGGUUGGAAUUAUCUCCUUUUUGGUGAGUUCUCACCAACAUCUGUAGCUUUAUUGAGGGCCUGGUAAGGAUACUGAAAUUGAGGCUAAACCAUGUAAGCAUACUUUUCAGUGUUUAUGGUAUUUGUUUACAUCUGGUGUUCACUCUAAUUUAAGCAAUAGAAAUAAAUAGGUCAGCUUUGCUUUUGGUCUUUGAAGACUGGCCCCCUCCUUCCUUUUUUAAGUUUCACAAUUUAUUUGGUUUACAGCAUUGUUGGAAACUGUUACUACAUUUUUACUGGAAAUACUAUUAUUCAUUUUAGUUUUGCAGGAGGUGCUACAGCCAGAAAAAGGAAAUUUUUGAAUUUUGAGGGUCUUGCUACUUAUUACAGCUCUACUUAGCUUCAGCUAAGCAACAGGAUUAACACCUUAAAGUUCCAGAAAGAUUUUGAGGGGCUAGAGAGCUGAAGGAGAGCCAGUUUCCCCAGAAUUGGACUUCUCAGAACCUUUAAUAUGCUAAUGUGCAUUGUGAAUCUCCAAGAGGGGGAUAUGAUAUGCAGCAUUCUUGAAUACUUCUAAUGACAGGGAGCCCACUACCUCAUAAGCUGCAGUGAGAAGAGGAGUUUGUUACUUUAAACAGAGGCUGAAGAAACUGUAGAAUUAGCAGAGAAAGUGGAGAAGGUAGAGGAUGGAGUUGCAGACUCUACAGGAGGCUCUUAAAGUGGAAAUUCAGGUUCACCAGAAACUGGUUGCUCAAAUGAAGCAGGAUCCACAGAAUGCUGACUUAAAGAAACAGCUUCAUGAACUCCAAGCCAAAAUCACAGCUUUGAGUGAGAAACAGAAAAGAGUAGUUGAACAGCUACGGAAGAACCUGAUAGUAAAGCAAGAACAACCGGACAAGUUCCAAAUACAGCCAUUGCCACAAUCUGAAAACAAACUACAAACAGCACAGCAGCAACCACUACAGCAACUACAACAGCAGCAGCAGUACCACCACCACCACGCCCAGCAGUCAGCUGCAGCCUCUCCCAACCUGACUGCUUCACAGACUGUAACUACAGCUUCUAUGAUUACCACAAAGACACUACCUCUCGUCUUGAAAGCAGCAACUGCGACCAUGCCUGCCUCUGUGGUGGGCCAGAGACCUACCAUUGCUAUGGUGACCGCCAUCAACAGUCAGAAGGCUGUGCUCAGCACUGAUGUGCAGAACACACCAGUCAACCUCCAGACGUCUAGUAAGGUCACUGGGCCUGGGGCAGAGGCUGUCCAAAUUGUGGCAAAAAACACAGUCACUCUGCAGGUUCAGGCAACACCUCCUCAGCCCAUCAAAGUACCACAGUUUAUCCCCCCUCCUAGACUCACUCCACGUCCAAACUUUCUUCCACAGGUUCGACCCAAGCCUGUGGCCCAGAAUAACAUUCCUAUUGCCCCAGCACCACCUCCCAUGCUCGCAGCUCCUCAGCUUAUCCAGAGGCCCGUCAUGCUGACCAAGUUCACCCCCACAACCCUUCCCACAUCCCAGAAUUCCAUCCACCCCGUCCGUGUCGUCAAUGGGCAGACUGCAACCAUAGCCAAAACGUUCCCCAUGGCCCAGCUCACCAGCAUUGUGAUAGCUACUCCAGGGACCAGACUCGCUGGACCUCAAACUGUACAGCUUAGCAAGCCAAGUCUUGAAAAACAGACAGUUAAAUCUCACACAGAAACAGAUGAGAAACAAACAGAGAGCCGCACCAUCACCCCACCUGCUGCACCCAAACCAAAACGGGAGGAGAACCCUCAGAAACUCGCCUUCAUGGUGUCUCUAGGGUUGGUAACACAUGACCAUCUAGAAGAAAUCCAAAGCAAGAGGCAGGAGCGAAAAAGAAGAACAACAGCAAAUCCGGUCUACAGCGGAGCAGUCUUUGAGCCAGAGCGUAAGAAGAGUGCAGUCACAUACCUAAACAGCACAAUGCACCCUGGGACCCGGAAGAGAGGUCGUCCUCCAAAAUACAAUGCAGUGCUGGGGUUUGGAGCCCUUACCCCAACAUCCCCCCAAUCCAGUCAUCCUGACUCCCCUGAAAAUGAAAAGACAGAGACCACAUUCACUUUCCCUGCACCUGUUCAGCCUGUGUCCCUGCCCAGCCCCACCUCCACAGACGGUGAUAUUCAUGAGGAUUUUUGCAGCGUUUGCAGAAAAAGUGGCCAGUUACUGAUGUGCGACACGUGUUCCCGUGUAUAUCAUUUGGACUGCUUAGACCCCCCUCUGAAAACAAUUCCCAAGGGCAUGUGGAUCUGUCCCAGAUGUCAGGACCAGAUGCUGAAGAAGGAAGAAGCAAUUCCAUGGCCUGGAACUUUAGCAAUUGUUCAUUCCUAUAUUGCCUACAAAGCAGCAAAAGAAGAAGAGAAACAGAAGUUACUUAAAUGGAGUUCAGAUUUAAAACAAGAACGAGAACAACUAGAGCAAAAGGUGAAACAGCUCAGCAAUUCCAUAAGUAAAUGCAUGGACAUGAAGAACGCCAUCCUGGCCCGGCAGAAGGAGAUGCACAGCUCCCUGGAGAAGGUAAAACAGCUGAUUCGCCUCAUCCACGGCAUUGACCUCUCCAAACCUGUAGACUCUGAGGCCACUGUGGGGGCCAUCUCUAACGGCCCAGACUGCACCCCCCCUGCCAAUGCCGCCACCUCCACGCCGGCCCCUUCCCCCUCCUCCCAGAGUUGCACAGCGAACUGUAACCAGGGGGAAGAGACUAAAUAACAGAGCCCCUCUAGGAGAAGCUACGGGAUCCCGGCGGCAAGGAGAGCAGAACACUGAAGACUCUAGAAAGCAAAGCCGGAUUUCUGGGAAGUGCAGAAUUCUUUUGGUUCUUUGGUUCCAGAGAGAGAGAAGAUGCUUGUGCCAGGUGGCACCAGAGUUUGCCAAUUGAUCCUUCUUAUUCUGUGUGUACAUGCAGAGAUUGGACCAUGUUACAUGAAAUAGUGCCAGCUGGAGGUUCUUUGCCAGCACCAUGCCAAGUGAAAUAAUAUAUUUACUCUCUCUAUUAUACACCAGUGUGUGCCUGCAGCAGCCUCCACAGCCACGAUGGGUUUGUUUCUGUUUUCUCGGGUGGGGAGCAGGGACGGGCGGAGGGAGGAGAGCAGGUUUCAGAUCCUUACUUGCCGAGCCGUUUGUUUAGGUAGAGAAGACAAGUCCAAAGAGUGUGUGGGCUUUCCUGUUUCUAAACUUUCGCUACUAUAAAACCAAAAAAAGGAAUUGAGAUUUAACCAACCCCAGUGCCCAGAAGAGGGAAGGGGAGUGGCUGGAGGGAGCAGGGGGUGGGACAGUGUAUCAAAUAAGCAGUAUUUAAUCACGUCUGGCGGGGGCCGCGUGCAAGGGGAGACCGACACCAAGAACAGCCAGUAGGCUCUUGUCCCCUGCGCUCUGCUCCCUGCGCGGUAACCCCACCACUCCUGAAGCCUGCCCAGUCUCCUUCCUUCCCUGCUUGGUGAAUCGCGCAUCUCCGUGGUUAUCCCGCUGUCUCCUCUCCAAGAACAAGCAGAGCCCGGGCCGCUGGCCCUUGCCCAAGGCAGGGAAGAAGGAUGUGUGUGUCCAGGAAGGAAAAAAAGGUGGAUCAGUGAUUUUACUUGAAAACAAGCUCCAUCCCUUUUCUAUAUUUAUAAGAAGAGAAGAUCUUGAGUGAAGCAGCACGCGACCCAGGUGUGUGUGAAUUGAAUGGAGACGUUUCUUUUCUCUUUUUUUUAAUUUUUGUUUUUGUUCUUUUUUUCUUUAAGGAAAGUUUUAUUUUACUGUUCAUUUUACUUUCUUGGUAACAAAAACUAAAGUAAGGAAUAGAAAAGCUGUUUUUCAGGCUGACAGUCCAAUUAAGGGUAGCCGAGACCUUGCAUGGUAGAGUAGGAAUCCUAGUGUCAGUGAGGUCCCGUGAGUCUUUGUGAGUCCUUGUGUCAUCGUUCGGGCACUGUUUUUUUAUGCAAGGGCAAAAAUCUUUGUAUCUGGGGAAAAAAAAAAACUUUUUUUUAAAUUAAAAAGGAAAAUAAAAGAUAUUGAGGUCUUCCUAGUGUUACUUAAAUUAAGAUCAAGGUAAGAAACAUUGUAAAAAAAAAAAUUACAAAAGUGCUAUUUGUUUCCUAAAAACAGUGAUUUCUAUUAAAAAGGUGUCAGAACUGGAGAAAAUGCCGUGUAGUUAUAAUUUUUUAGCACAGACCCUGCUGAUCACGAUGACAUUUUGCCGUGUGUGUGUCCCUAGACUGGUGGGCCAGUCUCCUUGAAGGACAGAGGCAGAGCUCCCCACCCUUCUCUCCUCAGAAAAGACCGUGCUCUCUUCUUGGUGCAGGGAUCUUGUCUCCUGUUGUGAAGCCCAAAUGGAAGUGUGGAUGGUAUCAGGGCCCUACCCGUGGUCUUCUCAGAUUCUGCUAGAGCAAAAGGCUGGUGCCUAAAUAAGAUCCCUUCCUUUGGUGCUGCUUUUGGUCUUUCAGCCACCAGCAUUAUGAGUGCCUGGGGGACACCUCCGAGGGAACUGGCCAGCGGAGCUCAGUGGUGCGCACGCACCCUGGCCGUGACAGGAGGGUGCGGGAGUGCAGGCUGGCUGCAUCAGCCCUUGGUGCUGAGAAAGAACAGAGGAGGAGUGACAUGUUUUGAGGGUACGUCUCUGAGACAGAGCCCCAGUGUGGCCUUCGCUCUGUCUUGCCUUUGGGGAGGUCUGAAGCUCCCACUCCUUUCUCUGCCUGUUGGCUCCAGGCACCAGAAAUUUACUCCACCCCACCCACCCACAAGCCUCCUGGGUGACCCUGGGCUAGAAUUGCUGCGCUUGCCUCGGCUUGGCCCGUUGUGGCCUCUCGUUCUUGAGAAAACCAGGGUUGUGAAAGGCUCAGACCAUUCUCUCAUCUUGCCUUGUCGGAAGUAAAUUGUGUCAGAUGCGUGCCCUCGCUGGAGAACUUUGCCCCUUGCGUGCCCCUGGCCGAUGGGAGGGCGGUGGAGGCUCUGUACCCUGGCCCUGCUGAAGCAUCUCCCCCAAGCCCACUCCAGGCCCUGGGAAAGGCCAGAGUCUAGGAGAGGUAGAAACGAUCCUGUCAGCUUCUCUCCCACCCAGUUAGGCCCAGAGAGACAAAGACAGAUCUGAAAGCAAAUGCAACAGAGAAGAGACGCUUCUUAAAGUACAAUGUGUCUCAUCCCUAUCAGCCAUCGCCAUUCAUCUUCCCAAGGGCCUCAGAAGAAGGAAUUAAGUUUGGCCGAACAGGCCUCAGAGUUAGGCCCUGGCUGCUUGACUGGCUGAGGGGGAAAGAGUUCCCUGUUCUCAUUCAGAAACCAAGGUGCUGUGUCUAGUCAGGGAGUCUUGGAGAUGCCUGGACUAGUUGGAGGAAUCGCUGGCAGAGGAUCAGAGACCAGCAGCAGGCUGUCUGCCCUGUCUAGAGCUCUUCCUUCAACUUGUCUGGGCCCAUCUGGGGGUUGCCACACAACACCUAACUUACCAUUUCCUGAAAGAAGUUGGGAAGCCAUCAUCACUAGAGGCCUUUGCUCAGAGAGGGGCUGCCUGAGGAGUCUCGGGUGGGGGGACGGGGCUAGGAAUUGACCAGGGCUUUGCCUGCCGCCCUCAGCAGUGUCGGGUACAUUCUGACCUCGCCUGCAGCUGGGCUGUGGAUUCUUCCUGACAUUCAGAUGUGAGCUGUUUUGGGAGUCAGCUAGUAUGGAGUACGAGAUGCAACCCAGCCCCCAAACCUACAUUCUGCACUCAAGUUCCAAAACACUGUUUUACUGUAAAGAAGAGGCCCCUGAUACUCAAUCUCCCUGUCCUUCACUGUCCCCUCAGACCUGUGGGGGGGGACCUGUGACCACCUGAGACAUAUGUUCGUGACACUGCCCCACCCCAGCCACCUCCACUUGCUUCCUCCUCCUUCCCUCCACUGCUCUUUCCCCAUGGCCCAGAAUUUAGCUGCUCUGACAGCCACUUUUGAGACCAGCUGGCUUUGCAGUCACUUCAGAGAGCUGGAGCGGCUGCCCACUGGGCCCUGACUGGGAGUCCCGUGCCAGCUCCUGAUCAGGCACUGCACCCUGGUGACACUGAGGCCAUGUUGCUGUCAUCUCCACCUCUGCAUUCUUGCUGCCUGCGGGUCCUUUUUCUUUCAUGGAGCCUGCUGGGUCUUGUCUCACCUGUGCUGAGCUCAUCUGGGGUUUUGAUUUCUGCCUUCCUUAUCAGGCCCUUUGGGGUAAGCCUGCUGGUUGUACCUGACAUAGGGAGGCAGUUAGGGGCAGUCCCUGGUGGGGCCGCCCUGGCAGCCUCCAGCUGGCACCAUCGUGUGCCUGGUUUCCCUGCAACACCUGCCUCUCUGUCCCUGCUGCUGCUUGGCUCAGGCCCAACAGGCAGCGUGCAUGGGGGUGGUUGCAUACAGCUGUUUCCGUGAGGGUGACCGUGUUCCGCCUCCCCAUGCACCGCUGCCUCUCUAGCCACCUCUGAUACUUCUCUCUUGGGGCCAUCAGAGCCUCCCUUGGGCUGUCACCUCCCAGCUCACACACACUCUUCAGUGGUUUUCUCCCUUCAUUCUCUUAUAGGGCGUGGUCCUUCUUAUUUAUCUAAAGGGCUGAAUUUAGGAGACUUUUUACCCAGGGGCAAAAGGCUCUUAGGGUAAUGAAUGGAUGGUGGCCCAGGUGCAAUUUCCAGGGCCCAGGUUCUCCAGAUCCCGUGGCUUCUGUUGAGUGGAGGCAACUUUGUGUGAACCUCGCCCCUGUCCCUCUGCCGGGCACCCCUGGCAGGAAGCAGGACUCCCAUCCUCACCCUGACUUAGACUGUCCUCUGAGUCAGCUCCUCUCCAAGACAGGAGUGGUCAGCCCUCGGCAGUCUUCUGGCCCCUUGCCAAAGUGAGGGGCAGGAAGCUGGGGCUGCCCUCCAGAAAGCCGGGGUAGGAACUCUGAAAAAUAGCUCCUCUAAACGGAAGCAGGGCUCCCCAGUUCCACUUGGCGCCCCCUCCCACAAGGCCCUUCCCCCGUGAGGACCCCAGCCCCCUACCCCCUCCCCAGCAGCCUUUGGACCCUCACCUCUCUCAGGUGUCCGUGGGUCGUCAGCCCAGGGUGAGCUGCAGUCAGGUGGGAUGGGACGGGCAGGCCAGAGGUCAGCCAGCUCCUAGCAGAGAAGAGCCAGCCAGACCCCAACCCUGUCUCUUGUCCAUGCCCUUUGUGAUUUCAGUCUUGGUAGACUUGUAUUUGGAGUUUUGUGCUUCAAAGUUUUUGUUUUUGUUUGUUUGGUUUUUGUUUUGAGGGGGUGGGGGGGAUACAGAGCAGCUGAUCAAUUUGUAUUUAUUUAUUUUAACAUUUUACUAAAUAAAGCCAAAUAAAGCCUCUCA